AUGACCUCGGUCUCGGGUCGUCCAGUUGCCGUCCGUGAUGCUCUCAAGGCCGCCGUCCAUCCGUUCUGCAUUCAUCGUCGCUGUGUCCGUGCCCGCGCCCGCGCUCUUGGUCUCAGCCCCGACGGCGAUGAAUGCCAUGGCGCUGGCGACGGUGAAGGCGAUCAUGACGAUGACGAUGACGAUGACGAUGACGAUGACGAUGACGAUGACGAUGACGAUGCUCUUGCUACCCGGCACUGCUACAACGCCGAGGGCACGGGCCCGGUCCGUAUGGGCUCGUGUCUGCUCACGCUCGUCGACGGCACCGGGUCGCAGGCGGCGGUCAAGCGCGGCGCCGUCCGCCACUCCAACGGCAUCCUCGUCGCCUUCUCGCUCACAUCGGCAAACUCGCUGGCAGAGACCAACUUUCUCAUCCGCGGCGCCAUUACCGACUGGGACCCCGCCAGCAAGCUGCCACGCUUCCUUGUCGGCGUCCACACACAGGCCGACCAGGCCGCAGGCGUCGCGCGUUGCGUCGCCUCUGCCGACGUCAAAGCCAUCGUCGACGCCUUUGCCUUUGACGACUGCUUUGAGCUUCUGGCUCCCUCGCCCCCGCCUGGCGAAGCAGCAGCCAGCCUCAGCCACGUUCCACCAAAGCUCGCCAACCAUGCGCAGGCGCACGCCGAGUUCCUCGCCAUGUACGAUGCCUUGCUCCGCGAGGUCCACACCCACACUGCCCACGAGCAGUCCAAGCUUCGCAAGGCCAUUCUCCAGGACCUAUCGGUUGUCAAGCACGGCCUUGUGUUUGAGAUCAAGGGCCGGCGCGCCAAGGCGCGCCACGCACGUAUCGAUUUCUCGCCACGCACCCUCACCCUCCUCACCGCCGACCAAGCCAAGGUCAAGCGAGUUGUAGCCCUGAGUGGCGCCUCGAUAGUCCGUGCCGGCCUCGAGCUCGCCAUCGCUCCACUCGCCGGGCAGCCGCUCACCAUCCGCAUCGAGUCUCGCGACGUCUACCGUGCCAUAGACUGGGAAGAUGCGCUGCUCAGAGUUGCCGAUGACGCCCGAUACCAUGCCUCGCCACAUCCGGCCAAGCUCCGCCACCGCGAGCCAGAGCCACAGUCGCAGCCUCCGCCCCAGCCGCAGGUCCAGCCUGCGGAAGCGGCCGGGCCGGCGAGCAACCACCCUCGCUCGCGGCGACCGGAGCUCACUGUCGACAUUGCCGGCCUCACAGCAGCCGCAGCCACACGCGGCGCCGUUCAGGCACCACUCACCGCCACUUCCGCCUCGACUUCGUCCGACUGGAUCGAGUACUCAACGCCCGACGGCUCGCCGUACUUCUACCAUCCAGCAACGCGGCAGACGUCAUGGACCCCGCAUCUUCCUGUUGCGCCCACAGCGUCGUCGCCUCUUGCCCGUCGCGGUGACGGCAUCUUCUCCAACGCCCGGGCGUUUGGCUCGGGCUCAGCAAGCUCGUCGGCUUCCGACUUGGCAUCAGAGCCGACCGUUUUAUCGCUGUCGUCGUCAUCGUCGUCGUCAUCAUCAUCGUCAUCAUCGUCUUCGCAUGGCUACGACAUGUCCUCGUCCGAGACUCCGUCGUCAAGCGUACCCAUGCCCGAUGCAACUGUCACCAUGGCGGCAACAGCGGCAGCGAGCGGCAACGAGAAUUCGCCGUCGACGGCGGUCCACUUUGACGUCGAUGCAACGGUGACGAUGGGCAUGGGCGGGGCGCGGGCAAAUGUCGCCCGCGACGACAUGUCGGUCAUUGUUAUGGAGGGUCAGCCGCUGGAUGAGUGCAACGAUGGCACGGACGCUACGCUGACAGCGUCGAGGAUGGGCGGAGCGUCGAGCUCGGGCCUGGACUCGUCGGCAUCACUGGCGGUGGUGGCCGCUAGCGGAAGCUCGCGGCCGGCGUUUACCAUCGAGUCGGACAGCCUGCUGCGGAUCGAGGCGGGCGAGUUGAGCUCACUCGAGCCGAUCGGCGAGGGCGCCAAGUCGCGGGUCUUCCGAGCGCUUCUCCACGGCGCUCCAGUGGCAGUCAAGCUCCUCAGCGAGGUCUCGCGUGGGACGCUCACCAUGUUUGUGGAAGAGUUCCAGACGCUGCACAUGCUCCGGCACCCCAACAUUGUCUCGGUCUUUGGCUUUGUGUGGCGCGAGGAGCGGCAGAGCAUGGGCAUCGUGACCGAGCUCAUGUCGGGCGGCGAUCUCUUCCACCGCAUCCACUGCCACGGUGGCAACGCGUUGCGGCGGCACGAGACGGUCCAGCUUCUGCACCAGGUUGGCCUCGCCCUGACAUAUGUCCACGCCAAAGGCGUGCCGCACCGCGACCUGAAGCCGUCGAACAUCAUCCUCUCUGCCGACGGCCGCCACGCCAAGAUCGCCGACUUUGGCCUCUCCGGCCGCGUCGCCCGGCACGUCAAUCUGCGUGGCGCAGGCACUCGUCGGUACUCGGCGCCCGAAGUGCUGCUCGGCGAGGUGGCCACGCUGGCGUCGGAUGUAUAUUCGUUUGGCGUGCUCAUGCUAGAGGCGCUCACAAGCCGCCGCCCGUUCCAGGACGCGACGUCGCGGGCAAAUGCGUACGCGCCGCCGCCCGAGCUUGCGCUCCUCGACGCAGCGAGCCCGCCCUGGCCGCAGCCUCUCAUCGCGCUUGUCCACGCUGCCAUGAGUGGCGUUGCCACCCAACGCCCUCAAGCUGCAGCUGUCGCCGACACGCUGGCAAGCGUGCUCAUGCAGUGGGAGCUUCCCUCCACUUUUGGCCGCUUUCGGCUUCUCCUCGUCGAUGCGGCGAGCGCCGUCGGCAGCUCUACAAACGUGCUGGUCAAAGUCCGCUCGAGCGCGGAUCGGCUCGCCGAUGUUCUUGACAGCAUCACCGCGGCCGUCACUGCAGCGUGCGGGAGUGAGGCCGCCGCCGCGGCGCGAGGACCGGCCUACCACUACGAGGUCUUCGACGCUGACUUUGAGGCCUGGGUCAUGCUCUCGUCGCUCGAGCAGAUACCUGGCGGGCCUGCGGACGCACCGGCCAAGUACCGGCUACGCAUGGGACUGUCGAGUAGCAAGCACUAAAGCCAC